AUGGCAGGGCACAAAAUUUCUGCCUUCGAUAGGGCCCGAUUUAUCGCUUUGCAUGAAGAAGGUCUCAGCAGGCAUCAAAUUGCUGAUCGUUUAAAUUUAGUGCGAAGUAUUGUCAGCCGAAUUAUACAACGGUAUAUGGACACCGGAAAUGUAAGAUCUCGUCCUAGGUUGGGCCGUCCAAGGAUAACGACUGAACGACAGAAUCGCUACUUGGCUCAAUUUGCCAGAAGAAAUCGGAUAGGUUUGAUCAGUGAUGACUAUCGUCAGCGAGUGUGGAGGGAGGCAGGGAGGCAGCAUCGCUUGAAUACAGCCCUUGCUGUUGCUCCUUAUCAAGGAGGAACUGAGAUGUUCUGGGGUGGCAUCAUGUACAAUAGGCGAACAGAGCUCAUUCAUAUUCCUGAGGUGAUGAACGCCCAUUUGUAUGUGGAAACUGUAAUCAGACCAAUAAUUUAUCCACUGCGAGAAGAAAUCGGCAAUAAUUUUAUUCUCAUGGAUGAUAACGCUCGUCCUCACAGAGCUAGGAUAGUCCAGGUAGCAUUAAAUGAGGGGAAAUAA